AUGCCCGUCCAACGUAUCGGCCAAUCCAUUCGCCUGCGCAGAGAGUAUGUGGACGAAUAUAUUAAGAUCCACUCGGAAGUCUGGCCUGGCGUUUUGAAGAGAAUCGCUGGCAGCAACAUCCACGACUACAGCAUCUUCUAUGAUAAACAGUCGAGCAUCCUGUUCGCAACCUUCAAGUACACAGGCACAGACUUCGAUGCCGACAUGAAGGCCAUGGCUGAAGAUGAAGAGACGCAGAGAUGGUGGAAGGUGACGGACAAGAUGCAGGAGAGCCUGAACGAGGGGGCAACGAGCAGUGUCGAUGGUGGUUGGUGGCGCGCGUUAGACGAGGUGUUCCAUGUCGAGUAG